AUGAAGAAUACAACAGAUAAAAGGAUACUUUUGUGGUGUGAAGAAGUAAUAAAUAAUAUAAGAGCAACGAAAAACUCUAUUCGUAGGAAUAGGAUUAAAUGGAAAAACAAAGAGAAUCAAACAGAAGAAUCUUCACAGAAAAGCAGAAACAUAGAAAGGAGAUGGACACAUGAACAGUGUAAGUAUGUUAAGUAUAUUUACAAAAAUUGUCUGUUUUUGCAGAAAAUUCUUCAUUACAAAGUGCACUCUACACGGUUUAAAAAAAUUAAAUUUUUUCCUCAAAAACCAAGUGAACAUUUUAUAAAUGGAAACAUUUAUGUUAAUGCAAAUGUGAGAGAAGACAUUCAUCUUGUUGAUACAGAAUAUGCUCCAGAUAAUGCCACAGUCAAAAUAUUGCACAGGAAGAAAGAUAUAAAAUGGGGAAAAAGUGAUAUACAUGGUUUUAAGCAACGUAAAAUUCCUCAUAACCUAGUUGAAUGCGUACAAAAUGGAGCUUAUAAAGACAAAGUAGAUUUAAUAGUAAUUCAGACCAUCAUCCUUACCCUCUUCGAACCUGCAUUGUUGAAAAUUUCUCUAAAACAUUUUAACUUCCUAACCGCUUCUAUAGUGAAUCAUAUUUUUGAAGAAGUUCUCCUUUUGGCUAGAUACAAUUACGGGGAAGUCGCAAAUGUAAAGGAAGAACUAUCCAAUAUUUCAGUUAGAGAAGCUAAUCUUAUCUCCUCAAUGGGAGAAGAAACUGUCAUAGAAAGAGAGUUACUGGGAAAAGAUGACAUUAGUAGAAUGAAGAAAAGAAAAAAAAAAAUUGAUAAAUCAUGCCUGAAAGAGGACAAGAACCCCCUUCCUGCUUUGCACAUAUAUAAUUAUAUCAAAAAAUACAACAUAGAUAUAGAAAUUUAUUUUUGCAUGAUAUGCAUGAAUAGUAUACUUUUUAGUAAGGAAUUAUUUUUCAAAAAUGCUAUCGAUUACUUUUUCAAGGAAGUAUUUCCAAAAUCUGAACAUUGUUACAAUUAUUUAAACACGAUUGUUAUGAAGUACGUGAAGGAGCAAGAUGCUUCUAGGGGAAAAGGAAAAAAUAUCAGUUUCAUGGUGAACGAAGUCACAAGUAGAACCAUACCUCCUUUUCCUUAUUGCAUAGAAAGUAGCAAUGUUUGCUACUCCUCUGCGUCCAUCUACCGUAUCUAUUGUGGUAAAAUUUUGUUAAUUUUUUAUUAUUUAAAUGUGGAGAAAGCACUUCACAAAACGUACCUGAAUCUGCUUCCAGAAAUUUUAAAGUGCAAAAAGAGAAACCCAUUUUUCGAGGAUCUAAUUUAUUUAAUUUAUUUGCACUAUCACGAAAUUGGGAGUUUUAGAUGUGAAGAAAGAAUUUUUAUCAAUCAACUCAUACGAGAAGGAAGACUACCCAUAAAUUGCAAAAGUGUAUCUCUAAUUGAUAAGAAGAAGUGCAUACCACCUGACUUCUCCAUUUUUAGUAGAAACAAUCAUGAUCUCGUAAAUUAUGUUUCGCGUGACAUUACCCAUAAGGUUUCUUUGGAGGGAAAAAAAGAUGAAACGCUAGAUAUCCAUCACAUUUUACUAAAGCAUAAGCAGAACAUGAAAGACUUGAAAAAUUUGUACAUUGAAAAAUUUCGAUUAAAUAUUGCAGAAAUUGGAUUUUUCAAAUUUUUUGUUAAUAUAGAAUCAGUAUUGUAUCCAUCAUUUUGCUUAAAAGAUAAACAAAUUGAAAAGGAAUCAAAAGUAGAAUCGAAUUUUGUUGUCACGAAAAGGUUAAUUAGGAUUAUUGAAAUGUUAGCAACGAACAUUUAUAACAACAAGCCAACAAUAAUAAUAGGAAAUCAAGGUUCUGGUAAAACAUCUUUAAUAAAAUAUAUAUAUAAAAAAAUUUUCGAAAAUGAAAAGGAAAAAAAUGAAAAUAUUAUAAGCUUAUAUUUAGACGAUGUGACAGACUCUAAAUCCAUUCUAGGUAUAUGGGAAAGUAAUGAGAAAUGUUUUGAAUUUAAAUAUGGUAUAUUAGCAAAAGCUAUGAAAUGUGGAAACUGGAUCAUUUUUGAAAAUGUAAAUAAUAUUUCAAACAGUGUAGUGGAGAAGCUGUACGAACUAACUAGCAAGGGUUAUAUAUACCUAUCCGAAAAGGGUGAAAAUAUAUAUCCGCACAAAAAUUUUAGACUCUUUGCUACCAUCACGAUGGAUAAAACAAAUACUAGAAUGGAUGAUUUAUGUAACUCUUCAGAAGGGCAUAAAAAUUAUGAACAAAAGUGCGAUCCCAUAAGUGGGGGUAAUGAUAAGAGAGAUUAUUUCAAAAAACGGGAAAAUAAACUGCAGGCGAAAAGACCAAGGGAACGGACAGAUAACAACAAGGAACUGAAUGAACUAAUUCUGCUGAACCAUAGACCAAACAAUUUAAGUGAUAUGUUUAACAAAUGGCACAGUGUGCAUGUUGGGAAUUAUAGUGAGAGUGAAAUAAAAGAAAUUGCUUUUAAAAGAUUGAAAAAUGGGAUGAAUGAAAAUUAUAUAAACAUAUUGUUAAAAUGUUACAGUUGCAUUAAAUCAUUUUUGGAAAAUUAUCAUAUACUGCGAAAUAUUAACAUGCACGAUUUAGUGAAAAUUAUAAAAAGGGUUAAGAAAAAGUGGAUAUUUAUGCACGAAAAUGAGAAAACCAAAGUGAUACUAUUUCAGACGUGCAAAUCGAUAUUCAUUUCUCACAUACCAAAUGCCAAUUUAAGAUUGUACUUUUUAAAAAUUCUAAUUAAAAUAUUUGGUCUAGAUGAAAAAAGUGUUAUCAAGUGGUUAAAGUCGUACACAGUUACUGAUUAUAUAAACCAAUUUAAUGAAACACUGAAAAAGAAAAAUCAGAAAAUUUCUUUGAAUUUUCAUAAAAUUGACAAUUAUUCUUUCUUUUUAACAUCAGUGCAUAAAUCAAUUUUGUAUGAAAUAAUCGAAGGUGUAUACAACAAGGAGAGUAUACUACUGAUAGGAGACACGGGAGUUGGAAAAACAGCACUGAUAGACUACAUUUCGAAAAUUUUUGAAAAAAAAUUACACGUUUUUGUUUUCAGUGAACAGUCAGAAGCAUCAGAUCUUAUUGGUAAUUACUACCCAUUCAAUAUAAGCGUAAAAACCAAUGAAUUAUUUGAAGAGUUAAAAUGUUUGAAUAGCAAAAUUAGUGAUUAUUUAUGCCCAAAAGAGUUACACAUAUUUUACCUUAAAUUGAGAAUAAUUUUAAGUGAAAAAAAAUUUAUCACCUUUUUAAAUACUUGUCAUAAUUUUGCGAAAUGUCUUAUAGACAACUUUGAAAAUGAUACCACCAUCUUUGAUAUGCACAUUGUUAAGAAGUAUAGGAUUUUUCAACAUGACUGUAAGGGAGUUGUGGAUUUUUGGAAUUCCAGCAUCACCACUGGUGAUCGAAGUGGUAAAGAUAAAGCGGUCAAUGCUGCUAGGGGUUCUAUUGAGUUCCCUGCACUGAAAUACAAUUUUGAAAAAUUUUUCAAAAAAGGGAAUCAAAGACAUAAUAAGGAUCUAGUUCAAAAUGGAUACCUCAAUAGAAAUAAACAAAAUGAGGGAAAGACCUUUCACGGGAAUGGUAUCGUGAAGAAGAAACAGAACGAACAAUGGGAGGGUGAGCAGGAGGAGGAGAAAUGGAACCCUACUAUGAACGAACUCAUUUUCCGUUUUCAUGAUGGUAUACUAAUAGACUGUAUCAAGAACGGAUAUUGGCUCCUGCUAGACGAAAUAAACCUAGCCCAGACAGAAAUCCUGCAGAGGUUACAGGGAAUACUAGAUUUGUCUAACAAAUAUUUCGAUGUGGUAGAAAAAGGGAAUGAGAAGAUUAAAAUUCAUCCAAACUUUCGUCUUUUCGCGUGUAUGAAUCCACCAAUCAUUCCAAAUUUGAAGAAGAGUCAAAAUAGUAGCAGCGGGAAGCGUAGUAACAAUGGGAAUAGCAACAAUGGGAAUAGCAGCAAUGGGAAUAGCAACAAUGGGAAUAGCAAUAAUGGGAAUAAUAAUAUAACGAAGAAAAGUGCGACGGUGGGAGGAAGCACCCCAGGUGACGAUUCAAGCCAAGCGAGUGGUAGAAAAGACACCCACCAAGCUGACACGGUUAAUAACAUAAGUAAGGGUGCUACAGAAGAGGAAUCGAAUUUGAAGGGUGAGACAGAUCAUCAUAUAGAUCUGUACAACAGCUCCAUAUCUUCUGGGAAAAAAGAACUUCCACCUAUUAUCAGGAAUAAAUUCACGGAAAUAUUUUUAGAUGAAAUUUUAGAAUACGACGAUGUGGAAAUGAUUGUUAAAAAUCUUUUGAAGGGUAUAACAUGUGAUAAUUCUUUAUUAAAAAAUAUUACUAACUGCUAUUUGGAAAUAAAAAAAGAAAGCUUGAAAAAUAUGAACAAUUCAGAAAAUAAACCCAUUUUUUUUUCUACGAGGAAUUUAGUGAGGGCAAUACAUUUUGCAGUUUCUGUACAUAAAAGAAAAUUUAAACCAUUACCAUUACAGAGUGCAAUUAGAAACGGAUUUGUGUGUAAUUUUUUAAGCUGUGCAAAUGUUGAUAAUCAGAAAAUAAUUGAACAUAUUUUUAACAAAUAUUUCAAAUGUGCACAUGAGAAAAGUACUCAACAAUGUAAUGGCGUCCUUAAGGAUGAUAGAAGUAUGCAAAUUGAAAAAACAGGAAUGAUUAAUUAUUCCAUGUUGGAAAAUUACUAUCAGUAUACAUAUUUUGAUAAGAAGAAUGGAGUUAAAGGAGAAAAGAACUUACACUCGUUAUUUAUAAAAAAUAAAAAUGACAUAAAUAAUGGCGGAGAAGCAGAAAAGAAUCAUUUGGAAGGUAAAAGAGGCAGGAAUAAGGAUCAAAUGGAAAAAUAUAUAUGCGUAGAAAAUAACUGGAUAUUAUGUGGAAAGGAAGAAAUAAAUAUUCUUAACAUUUUAUCUAAUUUUAUAAUUACAAAGAAUGUAAAGGAAAAUAUAAAAAAAUUAGCCUUAUGUUUAAGCGGCACAAAAACACCGAUUCUGCUUGAAGGAAAUACAUCAGUUGGGAAAACAUCUUUAGUAAAAUUUUUUGCAGAUAUAACUGGCCAUAAAUUUGUAAGAAUAAAUAAUCAUAUGAAUACAGAUAUAAAUGAGUAUUAUGGGCAAUUUGUUAAUGACAAGAAUAGUGGAAAUUUAAUAUUUGAAGAAGGGGUAUUUGUAAAGGCUGUUAGGUAUGGAUAUUGGGUUGUGCUGGACGAAUUAAAUUUAGCGCCUUCCGAAGUUUUAGAAUCAUUGAACAGAAUAUUAGAUGAUAACAAAGAGUUGUAUAUUCCUGAAUUGAAACGUUAUGUUAAGGCACAUAAAGAUUUCAUGCUGUUUGCAACCCAAAACCCAGCUAAUAACAAUAACUACUUGGGAAGAAAAGAAUUAUCCAAAGCUUUUAGAAGUAGAUUCAUAGAAUUUCAUAUAAACGAUUUUGAAGAUAACGAAUUAGAAAUUAUUCUACAUAGAAGAUGUGCCAUAUCUCCUAGUGUUUCUAAAAAAAUGAUACAAGUGUAUACUGAACUGAGAUCUGUUAAAUCCAACUACAAUUGUUUUAAUGAUAAUUUAAUGACUCUAAGGGAUUUAAUUAAAUGGGGUAAUAGACACCCAAGUAAUAAUUCCGAUGCGUGCUUACAUGGAUAUUACAUAAUUGCUGAAAAGUUAAGAAAUGAGAAAGAUAAAAAAAGGGUGAAAGAUAUUUUAAGCAAGAUUUUUCUGUGCAAAGGGGAAGAGUUAUCGGUGCAAUAUGAGGACGAUCAUGACCUUCACACUUUUAAGGAUGCCUUUUUGAAGAAGAUUUCUUGUUUAAGUAAUUUGUCUCACAAAUCGAGAGGGUUAAAUACAUGUGACAAUGUCAAUGUGAAAAUGAAGAAAAGAAUAAAUUGUGAUGAUGUAAAGAGACUCCAAUAUCUUAAGAAGAUGCAUUUGGGAAAUAAUACAAGUAGAAUAUUAUGUCUUUUGCUAAAAUGCUUCAAGUACAAAGAAUCUGUUUUACUCAUAGGAGAAACGGGAUGCGGAAAAACGACAUGUUGUGAAUUGGUAAGUUUUGUAAAAAAUUUGAAACUGAAUAUUUUAAAUUGCAACGAAAGUACAGAUGUGUAUGACAUCAUAGGUAGCCUCAAAUUAGUGAAAAAUAAAAAAGAGAAUUAUGAAAAGUUAAAAAAAAAUUGUAUCGAAUUGUAUAACGAAAUUUCACAAAAUUAUGCUGAUGCAUUUGCGGCUAAUUUUUUGAGCGGAAUUAUACAUGAUCAAAUUGGAGAAGUAAAAAAGGAAGAUUUUUUAAUAUUCUGUUUAUAUUUACAGAAAAAAUAUAAUUUAAAUGAAAAUAUAAAAAACAAAUUGAUCAAAAUGGAAAAAUCGAUAAACAAUUUAAAAUCUGUUUUUACAUGGUUUGAUGGUAUAUUAGUUGCAUCAUUAAAAAGAGGAGAUAUUUUCUUAAUGGAUGAAAUAUCUCUAGUUGAAUCAGCUGUUAUUGAAAGAUUAAACUCUGUUUUAGAGUAUGAAAGAACUUUGUUAUUAACAGAAAAAGGAGGAAAAAAUAUAAAAAAUUUAAAGGCCCACGAGCAGUUUUCUUUUAUAGGUACCAUGAACCCAAGUGGUGAUUUUGGAAAAAAAGAAAUCUCACAAACGUUGAAAAAUAGAUUCACAGAAAUUUUCGUACCAACAUUUUCCUACGAAUCGGAUGAUUUUUACUUCCUAAUUAUGAAACAAAUGAAAUUUACCAAAAUGAAAAAACUCAAGCAUGCAACUGCCAAUUGUCUGUGUAAGCUUUUUCAUCAGAUUUCUCAAAAUAAAGCUUUUUCAAAUUAUUUUACCCUCUCCAUAAGAGAUGCAAUAAAGUGGAUUUCCUUCAUGAAUAUAUAUAUUACAGGAAGGAAAGAAAUAUGUGUCAACAAAGGGAGAGAACUAUUUAUUGAGAAAGACAAAAUCUCAAAGAGCACGAAGCUGCCAAAGAGGAGACUGAAAAGGUACAUAUCAAUAAGCUUCUACCACAGCGGGUGCUUAAUACUAAUAGACGGAAAUGAAGACAUGAAAACGAAGCAAAUUUUAAAACAAAUUAUGAUGAAAACUUUGGAAGAGUUAUGCUUUUCAAUCAAUUAUCAAUUGACGAACGAGAAGAGAGAAAAAAAUGGAAAGGAAAUUCUGGAAAAAUAUUUCGACAAAACGUGCAAUUUUAAAUUUAAAAAAAAAUACCUCCAAGUGAAUGAUCUUCGAAUUAAAUUUAGGAGAAAAUUAUCCGCUCAUAUUAAUAAAUUUGCGAAAAAUUCUAAUUUCGUGUUUGACACACCAAAUAUUAAAAAAAAUUUAUUCAAAAUUGUAAGAGCAAUGCAGUUGGAUAAUUCCAUACUACUGGAAGGUUCCCCAGGAGUUGGAAAAACAUGCAUAAUAAAUAUCCUAGCAAAAUUGACGAAUAAUAAAUUGAUUCGAAUAAAUUUAUCGGAGUGUACGGAUAUUUAUGAUUUUAUAGGAUCCUAUUUCCCAGUAAAGGAUGAAAAGAAAGCACCCAAAAAUGGGAACUGCGUUAAGGAAACUAAUAUUAAACCACGACUUGGAGGAGAAACAAAUGGAAAGAAAGUAGAACAAAGAAAAGAACCAUACAUUGCAACUGAUAUUGAAGAUAAAAAGGGGCCGAAGAAAGACGCACUGUCGUUUCAAUAUUUUUGGAAAGACGGGAAACUUAUCGAAUGCAUGAAAAAGGGAUAUUGGAUACUGAUAGAUGAAAUAAAUUUAGCCAAUCAACAAACAUUGGAAGGUUUAAAUUCCAUAUUGGAUCAUAGGAAGGAAAUAUUUAUUCCAGAAACGAAUGAAACUGUUAAGAGUCAUAAAAAUUUUAGAUUAUUCUGUUGCCAAAAUCCGUAUAGUGAAGGUGGAGGAAGAAAAGGAUUACCAAAAUCAUUUCUGAAUAGAUUUUCAAAAAUUUAUUUUGACGAGUUAAAGGAAGAAGAUUAUAUCAGUAUUGUUGAAAAGUUGUAUGGUACUUACAUCUCCGAGGAAAAUAUCAAAAAAAUAAUAAGCAUCACAUUUUUAAUAAAAAAAAUAAACCACCUACUUAAGGAAAGUGAUUGCUGGGUAUGGAACUUAAGAGACAUUUUGCGAAUAUGCAAAUUUAUCAAGUAUAGUAGAACAAGUGAAGCAAAUUUUCUUGCUAUUUGUGACAUGCUCAUUUGCAGUAGAUUGACAUGUUCUCAGGACAGAGAAAUAGUACGGUGUGUUAUACUUAAUGCAUAUAAUGCCAGCUCCUACAGUAGAAAUGGGGAACAAGAAUUUUUAAAAAGUAUUUCCAAAGUUACAACUAGGGAGGGAUUACUUUCCCUUGUAAGAAAUAGUGAAUUGAAAAUGUGGAGCGCCUUUUUUACAAGUUUGUAUUAUAACGAGAUUAAUUUUUUCUUUCCAAAUAGAAAAGGAAAAAAAAAUUCAAUUUCAGACAAGUGGGGACAAAUACAGAGGCACAUGACACGGUCAACUCUAAUAUUAUCAAAAGAUGAAAAAACAUUUUAUGCAUGCGAAGCAGGAAUUAGACUAAAUAUUCCUAUCCUUUUGAAUGGGAAGAAUAAUGCAGGAAAAUCGUCUUUUGUUCAUAAUUUGGCAUACAUAUUUCAAAAAAAGAUAUUCGAAUUUUCUCUAACAAAUGACAUGGACACAUUUGAUUUAUUUGGUUCAUAUGAACAAAAUAGUCGAGAUAAUGUGAUAAAAAAAAUGGAAAGAAAAAUAUUUAGAUUAAAUAAGCUCAUUUUAAAACAUAUUUUUAAGAAAAGGAACUUUAAAAAGUUUUACUGUAGCUAUUUUAAGAAAAGAGAAAGCCAAAAUAAAACGAAGCAGAUGAAAAUAAGAAUUAUGGAAAGAAUAAGUUAUCUCUCGGAAAUUUUUAUUAACUCGUUAAAGGAAAAUACUCCAUCAAAUGAGGAGGAUGCAACUAAUGCAGAUACAGCAUCUGUUGAGCAGCCUUACUUACAUUUUAUUCAUAUUAGCAUGAUGACCAUGAGGAGAAGUAGAAGACGAAACAGAAUCAAUGAAACCCUUUUGAAUGUAACUCAUCUUUUUAAAAUGAUUAGAGACAAUCACAUUAACGAAAAUGUUUAUGUUUAUAAUGAAGGGAAUUUUAUUAAAGCAAUUAAAAAUGGGCAUUGGGUUUUGAUUAAACAUCUUCAUCUUUCUACGCCAUCGUUACUGGAUAGACUCAAUAGUCUCUUUGAAGAAAAUGGAUAUAUACUUUUACACGAAUUUGGGAAAAAGAAAAAAAUUAAACCACAUAAAAAUUUUCAAAUUUUUUUAACCCUAAAUUCUGAAGAACAUUAUAAAAUUAGUAGAGCAUUGCGAAAUCGAUGUUUUGAGAUACAUUUUGGAGAUUAUUCCUGUGAAUAUGUUGGCAAUUCUAUAAAUUUGUAUGACCGGUCAGGUGCUAGUGUUUUUUCCCAACUUGACCAUUCCCCACUUUUACAUUCUAAUAAAAAAAGUGAACAGCUAAAAGUGACGAAGCAUGAUGAGAUGAUGCUCUCACUUGAUGGUGAAAUUCUGCAUGAGGAAGAAUCAAAGGGUUAUUCUGCAAAGGGUUACUCUGCGAAGGAAGAAUAUCAUUAUACACAUAUUGCAACAAAUGGAUGUCAAACCAAAUUGAACAAUUCUAACGAUGAGUACACAAGAAAUAGCUUUCUCCUGCACUUGAUGAAUUUAUGCUUUAAUGAGAAUAAUGAUUUUACAAAUGAUGAAGAAAAAAUGGAUAAUUGGAACAGCAGGAAUAACUCUUAUGUUGUGAAGAAAGUGGGAGAGGAUGAUGAAUAUGUAAACAUUAUCAAAAAUGGAAAUGUAUUCUACCAUAUUAUGAAGGUUUUUUUAAAGAAGAUUCAAAAGGAAGGUAGGAAUGUAAGCAUUAAAGUCCUUACUGACUUUAAUGUGGAAGAUGGUAGUAAACUGAGCGAAGACUUGAAAACCGAACUGAUAACACUUUUCUUCAACAAAGAAGAAAUAAAAAUAAAUUGCACCAAAAUUCUGGAUUAUGUGAACUACUGCUGUAAUUGCUUUGUAAGUAUGUAUGGGGUAAGACUAACCGCAAACAUUAUAUGUUUCUGCAUAAUCAUAUCUCUUACGACUUAUAUUAUUGAGUAUAUGCUUCAGGAAGAAGUGGUGAUGGAGAUAAGGCAGAUGUUGAGGAAGGAAGAGAAGAAGGAGAGGAAAGCAAAUUGUCCUCAAAAUUUCAAAAAUAAUAUAAACGCAUUAUUUAAUCACAAAUUCGAAAACAAUUUUUAUUAUAUAGACAAAUACAUAAUGCAUAUUUGUAGUAACUUUUUAUUAGCACGACAGAGUAGCAAAAGGGGAGGUAGUAAUAUUGGUGGUGUGUUCCUCAGCUCCAAUCAAUAUCAGUCAAUAUUUUCGAACACAUUUGUAAUUUUUUACUGUCAAAUAUUUUCAAAAUUAAAUGCCAAAGCACAAUUGUUCUUUUAUCCCCUUUUUGAAUGCCUUAACAAUUGUGUAAUAAAAACGGUCUUGAAUCUAAAAAUGGGCAUCCGCAAUUUUGUAAAAGAUAAGAACCGAAUACUAGAUGCAUUUAUACUCAGAACAAACAACAGCAGCAAAUUUGUUCACAGAAUAAAAUCGAAAUAUUUUAUAUACUUCUACUUUCUUACAUUCAUUAAUUAUGUUAAUAAUUAUUACAAUAGUUACUCAAAGGAGCAGAAGAAAUGUACAUUCGUGGAUGAAGAAAGUGUAUAUCCAUCUGUUCAUAUAUCAAAAGAAAUCGCUUUGAUUAAUUCCUUGAGUCAAUUAAAAUUAAACAAAUUUUUCUGUCAUUCAGUGUAUUGCUUUUUGCAGAAUUUUUCCUUCAAAGACAUAUUUUACAGAUAUGAGCAUCUCUUGAAUCUUAAAAAUAGGAUUAUCAUUCGAAGGAGAUCCAAUACAAGGGUGGGAAAUUACGACACCGAAAUAGUGAGAUACCUUGAAUUUGUUACGAAUAAAGUUAUUAGCAAAAAUAUGGCAUAUUUUGGAAUAAUGAGGGAUUGUAUAUACAAUGCAAUUUAUGGAAAAAUUUGGUGUGAUACAAAAAAGCAGAAGCAGGGAAAUGAAAAAAUAGAGAAAUGUGUUGCCAUGUCAGAUAGAUUCAUACAUAAUGAUGAUGAUGACGAAAAAAAAUAUAUGAGGGAUUCUCUGAGACCUCUUUGUGCAGGAAGAAAAUACCUUCUGAUGCAUGAAGACACAAAAGUGGAGAAAAUGAUGCAAUUAUUUGAAACAUUUUUGAAGUAUAACUUGAGCUACGAAUAUUUUGCAAAAUGUGAUCCUAUAGAGAAGGGGAAAAAGAAACAUGCACCUUCUGUGCUCUUGAUGAAUAAGUUCUUAAUGCAAGUAGAAAAACUGAUUUUCCAGAUAAUAAAAAAUAGAAGGAAUUGCUAUGAUGAAGACGACCAGAAUGACGGAAAGGAGGAUGUGUUCAAUUACUACCUCUUUAUAUACCUAUUCACAUUUCACGAAUUUUUCAAUUUUAAAGAUGACAACAUUUAUGUGAAAAUUAUAUUCCUAGUGGAUGUUUUGAAAUAUACAUUUAAGUGGGAUAAAUAUAAUAAAAAAAAUUGUAGACUAAUGAAAUUUUUACAAAAGGCAAAGACGGCAGUUGCUCAAAGGAAUUUAUGGAACUCUCCCGUGGAUGGUAAUAACAAAACAUUGGAUUACUUUGAUGAAAUAGAUAACUCCUCUUUGAAUGACGUGAACAUGAUUAAGAAUAGAAUGGUAAGAUGGAAGAAGAAUAAGAACGAAGAGUUAAUGAUAACAUUUACAAAUAUGUACUUUUACAACAAAUGGGUAAGAAACAUAUUCGAAGUUGUAAAUAACAUAUAUAUUAGCCAUUUUGUACAUACAUUAAACAUAAGUAGCUACUAUUGCGAGAUGUUGAAUCAUUCGAUAAGUAGCGUGAAAAAGGAGAAGAAAGCAAAUAUGAUAUACAAUUUUAUUAUGAACAAAAGAGAAAGAAAAAGUUUUAAAGACAAUAUGGAAAAUUUACUCAUACAGACGAAGUCCUUUUCUCAUGCUUUAAAAGUUUUACAUAAUGAUUAUUUAAAAAUUGCAAAUAUAGAAAAAUUAAUUAUGAAAAAUUUAGCUAAUAAAAAUGAAAUAUUAAACAUGAACAUGUUUAGCCAUAUCAAAGAAUCUGAUCCUGCGAAAUGUUACCAGAAUGUUAGUGCUUGGAAAAUAUCGUUAGAACGUAUAAGAAAUGACAAUAAAUUGGAUGGAAAAGGGAAUCAGCUCUUAUUUUAUUAUCAGUUCAUUCUUUUUAACAUUCAUUUGAAGUAUUUGCAUAAUGCAUUCGUAUAUUUGCUGAACAUGUACAUGUGUUUAAAAAGAAAGCAAUUUGGGGGGUGCGAACAAAAGGGAUUAAAUUUUGAGAAUUCUCAAAAUUGUGAUUUCUAUACAUGUAAAGAAAGCCCAGACGCGAGAGAACCCAAAUGUUCUGUAGAAAUUGUUAAAGAGGCUAUAAAACAAAUGUACGAUUAUCUGAACAGCAUGGAAAAUACCAUAUUUAUACAUGAAGAAAAAAUCGAAAUUUUAAGUUUGCUAAAGGAAAAAUAUGGUAUAUUGGAAUAUUCUCAGAAAAAACAAGCAAUGAACAAAUGUAAGACAAAUUUUGAUUUUGAUGUUGCGUUUGUCAUUAUAGAAGAAUUGCUGAACUUACUCUUUUGCUUCCUGCUGAAUGUGUAUAUGGUGAAGGAUAAAAAUUACCAAUAUGUAAAGGAGGAUAUGAAUAAAUUGGAUAGAACUAAAACCAGAGGAAUAUGUUUUAAAUUUAACAACUGUAAGGAUGAGGCGAUGAAUUACGGAUAUACCUCACCGCGAGGGGAUUGCGAAGCAUAUCAGAAGGAGACAUUUUCAAGUGAUACCAAUUUUUUACCUAGAUUGUCUAAACGAUGCAGCAGUAACAGUGCUAAUGAUGGGAAUAAUGAUGAACUGGAUUUAUAUAAAAAGAGAGUUAAACAAAUGGAUAACGAAAGGGAGAAGGGGCUGCGGAUUCACAGACUGAGGAUGCACGACCAUUCGAUAGAUGAUGAAGUAACAGGGAAUAACAUAACGUACGAAGCAUACACAGUAUUUAAAGAUAUCUACAUAAACAAAUGUUUUAACGAAACGCGUACAUUGAACAUAUACUCUUAUGUAUGCACAUCUAUAUUUAACAAAACAGUUAUAUUUGAUUCUGUUGUAAAUAUAUAUCAAGAGCUGAAAAGAAAAAAAAUUACCCUUUAUUAUUUACACAUGAGUAAAUGUAUCUUUGAGAGUUUGAAAAAUAGCUAUUAUGAAUAUAUAACAAAAAUGACAUUCGACACUGUGACAGGACCAUCUCAGGUUUUGCAAAAAGAAGAAAUGCAUUCAGUAAAUAAGGAAUCUCUAAAUAGUAGAGGAAAAAAUACGAUGCGUUACUAUUUCUCCUUUCACACAUUUAUUAUAUUUUUUAACAUAAUAAAUAGGGAUUCUUUAAAAAAGAAUAUAGAAGAGAAGAACAACAAAUUGCUCAUGCGAACUUUUGAAAUAUUCCAUUUUAUCAAUGACAAAAGAGGGAAUGUAUCCCUUGAAAUGUUGCUACAUUUGUUGGAUCUACACAAAUUAAUGUGCAAUAGUUUGAGUGAUGAAAUUCGUGAUGUUAAAAAGAUUCAAAGGUACGCCUUCGUAUUGUUAUUUAUCCUGUUUAAAGUGAUUAUAAAAAGUUGGAAAGAGCAAAAUAAAAGAGACAAACAAAAAUUGGCAGUGCGAAGCGAUUCCAAUUUCAUAUAUGCAUCAGAUGACAAUCCUUUGCAAGGAACAACCCUUCAUCAGAUUUAUUCAACUACCCAUGGAAGUUUUUUUCGUAAAGGUUCUAUUUGUCACAUGAACAAAUGGAAAAGUAGUGAAGAAGGAACUUUUACAACAUUUAACACUGUAGAAGAAACAAAAAAGGAAUCAAAUGAGACUCCUGAACAUGUGCACUGUUAUAUAUAUGACUAUGUUAGUAAACAGAUAAGUAUGAGAAACAUGGAAGAGCUAGAAAAAGCAUUAGAUUUUCUCUUUUCUGAGAACAAAGUAGUAACAGAUUUGACUAAAAAAUAUCAAGAGGAAGAUUUCCUAUUUACAUUGGGCUGUUUUUACAUAUCUCAUUACUUUUUAAAUGUUAUUUGUUCAAAAAUAAGAAAAGAAGUUAAAGAUAUUUUUAAACAAAUGGAAGGAAAAAACUAUCUCAAAAAAUUAGCUGCAUCAUUGAGGGAAGAAGUAUAUAUGAGUUCUCAGCACAACAUGUAUAUUGAAAAGGUGAAUAUAUUUGAAAAAAUUCCUCAUGGAGAUUUUUUCAGAAUUAAAAAGAAGAAACAACUUAACAAACAUAUAAGUAGUAUAAAAAGGAACUUACCACUACUGCCCAAGGUUUUAAAAAAUAUGAAUAAAAAAAAAAGAAAAAAACUGGAAACUUUUGUGUCUAAAUGUAGCAAGAGCAACAGUUCAUGUGCAUAUUUCAUUACAGAAUAUAUAAAUAAAAACAUUUUAGAAAAUGUACAAACAUUGUAUAUAAAAUUAAAAAAUGACUAUAAGCAAUUUUUAAAAAAUAUAUUAUCUUUACACAAUAUAGAAAAUAACGUAUUAUACUCUUUAACAAAUUCGAUUAAUUUUAUUAAUUUUUCACUUGUAAACACCUGUCUCAAUUUCAUUCAUCACUUGAAGGAAAACUAUAGCUUGAUAUCAAAGUUUACAGAAGCUGCUACUCAUGGAUUGUGUGUGUUCAUACAUUCUGUGCAUAGCAUAAAUUUCUGCUUAUUAAAGUGGAGGGAAAAUAACAAAACUGAAGAAGUGGAAGAAUUGGACGAAGAAGAAAAAAUUAAAGGUAAAAAAAAGUCCACAUUUAGCAUGCUUCGACUCGAAGGCCCGAAGAAGAAAACGAACGAUUUGUACAAAUGUAUAAAAUUCCCAAUAAAUUUUAAUAAUAUUUUAAACUUAAAAAAAACGUCUUAUGAAAAUAAAUUAAACGAUUUAGAAUAUCUCCAUUUUGUUUCGAAACUUUUAAAAAAACCGAAGAAUAUUUUUACACAAUUUGAUAUGGCCUCUUUGUUAAAAAUGUUAAAACGUCUGUGUAGGAAUGUUGUAUUUUUUAAUGAAAGAGAUGAAAAUAGUAACAUGAACGAGUUUUUCAAAAUAGAACAAUUUAAAAUGAAGACCUUGAAGGAGAAACAUGAAUAUAUGCUUCAUAAAGAUUCUAUAGAAAAAUAUAUCGAAAAAGAGUUAGAUGAUGUGUUCUAUUCUUACACUCUUUUUUCGAACCAGAUGAGUGAUCAAGUGGGACAUGUAUUCACCCAAGUGGACGAUACUUGGAACGAAUGGAAUAAUUCUACUCAUAAUCAAAAUGAGCAACAUGCAAUCGAUGUGGAUGUAGAAGAAGGUGUAGAGGAGGAUGAAUAUCACAUUAGGUACUGUGAUACAAAAAAGGACAGUUCACUCCAAGAUGCUAAUUAUGUUGAGAAGGGAAGGUCUAACAAAAUUGCGACUGACAAGAUGGAGAAAUCCAAAAAUGUAUUGGACGGAGUAGAAGAAGGGGAACGAGUGAACGAAGUACUGUUUAACAAAAUUGUUUACAAAAUGUCUAAAUUGUUUAAGGAUGGUAAUAUUUUUGAUUGCAAGAGAAAAAAAGAUCACAACGAAAUUGAAAGAACAAAAGAAAUCAUAAGACAUACUCUGGAUAUGUUAAUAAGACUUAAUGGAGAAUCCAAAUGGAAUAAGAACUGUGACAAUUGUGGUAGUGUUAACAAUGUAGUCCCAUCCAUAGGUACCAGGGAGGAAGAAAAAGAUUGCACUUUUUUAUUAGAAAAAAAGAGUGAAGAGAAGAGAUUACUUAUUUUUACAGUUAACAUGAUAAACCAAUUUAACGAUAUGACAAAAUGUAAUGAUGAAAAAUUUUCAAAUUUUAAAAUGAAAAUAUCGGAAAUUUUGGAAAAGAAUAAACAAAGAAAUCAUGCAUAUAUAAAUAAAUACAUGAGUUUAUUGGAUUAUAAUUUUAUGGAAUACAUAUUUGGAGCAUUAAAUGACUUGUGCUUUUAUCUCAUCCAUUUGAAGAACGAGUUUGGAAUAAUUUACAACGAAAGUAAUAAUAUCAAUAUAUGGAACAUAUUAAAUGCUAUUAAUAAUGUGUUAGAUUUUCCUAUAAAUAACAUUCAAAAUGAGAUAGAGAAAAUAAUCCAAAAACUAGAACACCUGGUUAGUCUCAUAAACACACUCAAAAAUGACAAUUACAUAAAUUUUGAUGAUGCAAGUAUGAGUCGUGUCAAAAACUUGAUGAAAAAUAACAUACUAGAACAGUUGCUUAUAUAUACUGUCUAUUUCAGGUUAUACAAAUUGAAGGAAAUAAAAAAUAUUCGAAAAAAUCUAAGUCGAAAAAUUGUCAAAAAUAGAACUCUGAAUUUAUUUUCUUACUUGUUUUACCUAUGUUAUGAUGAUAGCGAACAGGAUGAGGAAUUACAAGAUGUGUCAAUAAAGAAGGAUAAGAAGAGAAAUAUGACGCAGAGAUUUAACUCGUUAAGGAAUUAUAAUAAUAAUACAUCCGAUUGUGAUAUUAGAACGAAGAUAAAAAUUGUUAAAACCUUCGAAUCAUUAGUUAUCUUUUUAAGGGAUUCAAUGAUAAGUGAAUUCCCAGUGCGGUUAAGACUGACAUAUUUCAUUUCUCAUUUGUUCAAAAAUUCAGAAAAAGAAAGCGAAAAAAUGAUGAGCAAUGUAUUUUCAAAUGUGUAUAAUUAUAUGCUAAUAUAUCUACCACUAAUAAAAAAAAAAAUUCAAAAUUCGAAAAACUAUUUUGAUAUUCAGUUAAAAAAGGCGCUGGAAAAAAUUAACUUUGAUUUGGUAGAUGUAGAAGCAUAUAAAUUGUCUAUAAUUAAAUUAAAAAAAAAAAUAGCCUAUUUCACCAAAUUGUAUUUUCAACAAAUAAGCGUCACAGUGGAUAAGUUUAUCCUCGAAAAUGAUUUCUCCUUUUCAUUAGAAAUGAAAAAAGUGGAAGGAAGCAGAAAUAAUAAGAAUAGAAAUUCCGAACUUGAUGAUACAAACCAAUUGACAGAGGAAAUGAGUAGUAAUAAGGUGCACUCCGAUUUGGAAAAUUCAAGUGAAACAUCAUCAAGUUGCGAGGGAGAAGAACAAAAUAACGCUGAAAUUGAUUCAGCUGAGGAGGAGAAGCAGAAACAGAAGGAUGCUCAUACUGGUGAUGAUGCUGAUGAAAGAACCCGACUUGACGACAUGAACAGCUCUGUUGUGGUGAAUGAUAAAAAGGAAGGGAGCGAGGAAAAUUCAGAUGCAGGAGAAAAACAAAAUUGUAUUUACAACCAACUGAAUGAAUUGAGAGAAUCUCUUACCAAAUUGAGAAAAAAAAUAAAAAAUAAAAAAAGCAUGGAUUAUUUUUUAAUCAAAAUAGAAUUUUUUAACAGCUUUGAAGAUGUAUCAAAUAGUUAUGUUAACGAAAUAAAACACAUAUUAAAUGUCCAGUGUUCAAAUGCUAAUAUAAAUCAGAAGAAGAGAUGGAUUUAUAUACUAAAACAUUUUUUGUCGAAAAAGUUAAACAUUUCCCCCUUGAAUGAUUUGAAUAAUUUUAAUUUCUUUGCUAACCUUUUUCAAAAUGACAUACAAUUUUGUGAUAAUAUUGGGUGUAAUUUUUUCACAUUAGAAUAUAAUUCUCCUACGGAAAUUUUGACACAUUUGAGAAAUUGCUUAGCAUACAUGAUUGAACAGGAUAAUUCAUUAAUUGACGACAAAGUGAGAACUAAUGAGAUUAACAAAUUGAAUGAAGACAUGUUACAUAUUGAAGAUGUUUUACAGAAAGAAAUGAAAAGAAACAAAAUAUACACUCUCGAAUUCUUGGAUAAAAUGAACGACAUUCUAAAUCAUAAUGAAAAGAAAAGUGCUAAAGUUUUAUAUUUAACCAUAUAUAUAAAAUCUUUGAAUGUGCAUGAAGAUAUGCGAAAUGAUCAAGUUUUAUACUACCUUUUUAAUGCAAUAAAUUAUGAAUAUUUUAAUUUAAGAAAUGAAAUAUAUAUCUUCUACCACCAUUUUGUCUUCUACUACCUACUCGUUAUAUCUUUCUUGUGUGAAAAGAAGUAUGAAUUGGAUUUUGUUCAAGUCAACUUUGAAAAAUUUGAAUGCUUUUUAGAAAAUUGUAACCUUAUCAAGAGUGCACUAUUGCAAAUGUUAAGUAGCGACACCAGUAUGUUAUGCAAAUCUUAUACACACAACAUUUCAAGUAGCAGUUUUUUCAAAAAAUUACUCCAGUGCAUUUACAAAAUUGCCUAUAUAAUACACUUCUCAAAUGAAUUUAGAAUAUUCACGUAUUUUAAGAAGUUUAAUAUGAAAAGGUCAAACGUGAUGGAAGAAUUAGAUAUCAAUCCUUCACAUAUGAAACUCAAAAUGAACGUAAAUUUCUUGAAAUGUAUUGAAAGGUGUGUAGAAUUUUUGGAAAAAAAUUUAAUUGAAAUAUACUCUUUAAAUAUUGCUCCUUAUUUUAAGUAUAAGAUUUACGUCCUUAUUGAGAAAUUUGUCAAGUUAUUUUACGAGAUGAAAGAUGGAUUAGAGUCCACUACUGCAGAAGGUGAUGGGUACUCCAUUAGUCGGAGCUGUACUACAUAUGAUGAAGUAGAAAAAUUGAAUGAUCAAAUUUGGAAUUUCAUAAGAAACAUUGUUUAUAAGAAAUCUAUCAUAUAUAAAAAGGAAUAUCCGAAUUUUCAGGAUCUCAAAAAUGUUAAUGAAAUAUAUUGUAUGAAAAAUAUCAUAAAGUUAUAUCUAUUGGCAGAUAAUAAAUAUGCGUGGCUGAAAGGAAAACAAAAAUCGAAUAAGCCAAUUCAAAUAUUCCAUUAUUUAAGCAAAAACUUGUUUUAUUUUAUAAAGUGCAUAUUUUUAUACUCGUUGGACAUAUUUCUUGGAUUCUCAAAUAUAUCGCUUUACUUUUUAAAGGUCCUAAAAAUUCUGUACAGUAAGGGUCUCUGUAGGCAAGUCGCAAGUGGAGAUACAAAUGGAGAUAAGAAUGGAGUUACGGAUGAAGAUGAACAAAAAACAGGCAAAGAAAUGGAUAACGAAAUUUUUCAUAAAACGGACUUUUUGAAAGGAAUAGGAUUAGGAGAAGGAAAAGGAAUUAAAAAUAUUUCCAACCAAGUGGACAAUGAAGAUCUGGAUAAUAUGUUUAAUGAGGACGAGAAUAAUUUUAGUCAAGAUGAAAAUGAUUUUAAUGAAGAGGCGAUUGAAGCAACUUAUAAUUUCCAGAAAUUUUGUGAAAAGGAAUUAAAUUCGCUUGAGCAGCAGCUGGCAGAUGGUAGUAAUACAUGCAAGUUGGAGAAUGAGAUAGACAAUUUAAACAUGGAAAAAAAGCAAAAUAAGAGUGAGGAAAAGAAUCCAAAUGAUAUAAACAAACAUCGAAGUGAUGAAAAUGAUGGAACAUGUCCACAAGAAGGGGAGAAAAAUAAUGACAUUGGAAAGGAGGAUGAGGAACAUGAUAGAUCAAAUUUGGACGAGAACCACAUUGAUGACAUUUUUGAAAAGCAUAACAGCAACAACCAGUGUGAUUUAAGUGAGAAUAGGGAUGAUUUGAAGGAUGUUUUAAAUGGGGAUAAUCAAGAGGAAAAAGAAGUAGACGAACAGAAAGGAAAGAAGCCGCAUAACCAAGAGGAAAAAGGAGUAGACGAACAGACGGGAAAGGAGCUGCACAACCAAGAGGAAAAAGAAGUAGGAGGAGAUUCCACUAAUAACGCACCAAUGAAUCAACAAGAUGUUAACACGAAUGAAGCUGACCAAAUGAACACAGACGAAUUUGCACAAGGAGAAAAAAGUAACAACUCUGAUUUUACAAACUUGCAGCAAGAUUAUAAUUGGAAAGAGAAUCAUAUGAAUGAUCCAAUGGGUAAAGAGCAGGAAAAUCUAAAUGAGGGAAAUCCAGAAAGAGGAAACGGAUCUGACUUUAAUUUAGAUUCCGAUUUUGAAAUAGAAUCCAAUGAUUUUUCCAAAAGUUGCAGUGAAAGGUCCAUUGCAAGCAGGGAAGAUAAUUUUGAAGAUCAUUCAGAUGAAGAGAUGGAAUACAAAAAUCAUACAAAUGAUGCGAAAAUGGAAGAAGGAAAAAAUAUGAACCGUAGGAAUGAGCAAGAUUUUGUAGAACAGGAUCACGAAGUUGAUACCCAUCACGAAUUAGAUGAAUUCAAUAAACUUCCCUCCCUCGAUGAGGAGGAGGGGCAACAGCAGCAACAGCUGGAGGAGGAGGAGGCUAUGGCAGACUCAGAUGACAUGUAUGAUGGAGAUCAGUUAGAGCAGGAUCAUUUUGAUAUGGACAAAAAGAAGAAUGAUCGAAAAGGCCAGGGGUUCAAGACUGGUCAGGUAGAACCGAAAGAUGAUGACACAGAUGUUCUCAACAGGGAGCCCAAUGUAGCUGAAGCAGGAAAGGGCGACGAUCAGGGAAGCAGAGACAUCGACGAUGACGCAGAUGCUGCUGAUGAUUCGGAUGGUGUGGAUGCUGCUGAUGAUGCGGAUGGUGUGGAUGCUGCUGAUGAUUCGGAUGGUGUGGAUGCUGCUGAUGAUGCGUAUGCUGCUAAUGAUGCUGAUGAUGCGUAUGCUGCUAAUGAUGCUGAUGAUUCGGAUGAGGAGACGACUAAAGAAAACUCGAAGGAAAUCAGUGAUGCAUUAUUCCCCCCAAGAGAUCCUUCAUCUAAUCCUACUGAUGAUCCAGCCGAGGCCCAGAAACGCAAUACCUCAGAUGAGAAGAGAGGAGUGGAAGGCAAGGAGGAUCGAAAUAACUGUGAAGUGCAAAUCGAAAGGAAGGAUAAUAAUUGCGUGGAAAAUGAAAGUAAAAGAUACAACAAAGGUAAGGAAAUAACAGAGAAUAAUUUGGAAGGAAGGGAAGAUGCUUUAGAUGAAUCAUACGACGAGGGGAAAAGAGAAAUACAACCUAACACCCCCCAAGUACAUUCCAAGGAUUUAGAGAUGAAGAACUAUGAAAUGCAGAAGGCUAUGAACGAUUUUGAUGAUAGAGGGGAAAAUAAUCAAAAUGUGUUUCCAAAAUCGGAAAGUGGGAAAACAGACGUCAAAAGUAUGCACAGAGAAAUGGAUAAGAAUAACGAUAAAAGGGGAGAGGAUGUCACAGAUGAUGAUAUGGUAAAUUCAAAUGAUUUUUCAUUUUCAGUUGACAAGUGCAACAUAUAUACGGAAAAUUUUGUUGAUAUUACAAAUUUUAUAGAUAAAAUUAAUGAAAAGUUGCUAAAAAUGAAUGAGAAUGAUACCCAUUUAGAAUGUGAAAAACUGAACGAAAAUCUAGAAAAUAUAAAAGAAAAUUAUAAUAUAACAAAAGAAGAUGACAAACGUCUAAGUAAGGAUGAAAAAACAAAUUGUACAGAUAUGAACAUAGAUUUUGCUAGCAGUGGUGAAAGAUAUCCAAUCGAGAAGAUGAGAGAAAACGAUUUUGAUCAUACAGAAAAGGAAUCAAUGGAGGGGAAGUCAAAUGUCAAGGAAGAGAUAGAAUACGUCCAGGAAGAUAAAAAAGGAAAUAAAAAUUCGAAUGAGAUGAAUACAAAAACGGACAUGCGUCUUGGAAAAAGUGCUAUUGACAUGAUAAACGUGCAAAGUGUAAACAACGUACAAGGUGAUGCUGAGGAGGAAGGAGAAAAAAUAGACCAAUUUGAGGAUCACAUGAGUGACACUGCUUCUAAGGAAAGUGCCACAAUAAAUAAGAUCCAAACAGAUGCAGAGAUUUUGUACGGGACAGACGGUGAAGAAAAGUAUAAUAAGGAUACAGAAAGGGGAAAAAAAGGGAGUAGCGAUUCAGAGACAGAUUCGUAUUAUCAUUUCCAGAAUUAUGAAGAAGAAGGAAGCGUACGAAAGGAUGAAUGUUAUCAUAAAGUACAUGAAAAUGAAAAGGUGCUGGAAAUGAAGUAUAUUGCAGAAGAUAAUCCAGAAAACACGCACAGCAGUAGAGAAAUGAAGAUGGUAGUUCCACAGCAUAGCGAACUUCAUAGCGAAGGACAUAACGAAGCAUAUGAAGAAAUAUAUGAUCAGAUUAACAACGAAACAGAAAUUAUGUCAAGUCACCUUUGUGAACAAUUAAAAAUAAUUUUAGAACCAACGGUUCGAAAUAAAUAUGAAGGAGAUUACAAAUCAGGAAAGAAAUUAAAUAUAAAAAAAUUAGUAAACUAUUUUGCAAGUGACUUUAGAAAUAAUAAAAUAUGGAAAAGAAGAACGAAAUUAAACAAAAGAGACUAUAACAUUGUAAUUGCUAUUGAUAACACAAAAAGCAUGAAAAUAAAUAAUUUACAAAAAAUGACAUUAAAUGCUAUAUUUCUAGUUGCGAAAGCUUUUGAAAAAUUACAAGUAGGAAGAAUAGGGAUAUGUUCUUUUGGAGAAAAUGAAGAAGGAAUUAAUUCAAAUAAUAUUGUGUGUUCUAUGACGAACAGUUUGAAUAAGCAAGAUUUCCUAAAGAUUUUAAAUCAUUUUCAGUUUAAUCACGAUACGCAAAAUUCUUUUGAUAAUGCUAUGUUAAAUGCAUUAAAAAUAUGCAGUUAUAUUUUAAAAGACGCACACAAUAAUAGUACUGCACAAAAAAGUGCUUUGAAAAAUUCAAUCAACCAUUUAAUGCUCAUAAUAAGUGAUGGAAGAUUCAACAAAAGUACUGUUAAAGCAGAAAUUUAUAAAUGUAUAAGAAAUAAUUUUAUCCCAGUUCUUAUGAUUAUCGAUACACAAUUAUCAAACAAUAAGGCACAAUCAAUAUUUAAUUUAAAACAAACAUAUUAUAAAAAUAAUAAAUUACAUAUAGUUCCAUAUUUACACGAUUUCCCUAUUCCUUAUUAUGUCGUCGUUAGUGACAUAAAUGACAUCCCCACACUCAUUUGUGAUGUCAUCAGACAAUGGUUCCAGACUCUUAACAAUAGGUAG